AUGAUCAAACACUCCACAGAAAGCUUCCAAAAGCACUAUCAUGAUGGUUUAGCCGCUUUUAGAAAACAAGAAUUUGAGAAAGCGCAGACCUAUUUUACGAAGGCAAUCGGACUAGACCCAAAUAAUAUUCAACUUUAUGAUUCUCGUGCAGCGACUCGUGAAAAACUUGGUCAGCUUACUUCUGCCUUGCAAGACGCUGAAAUUAUGAUGAAUUUAGAAAAGACUUCGGCCAAGGGUUAUCUUCGUGCCGGUAAACUAUACCGACUACUAGGUCAAAAUGAUAUGGCACUAGAUAUAUACAAUAUGGGUAUUAAAGAAGUUAAACAAAAUGAUCAAUUAUUAUCGUUAUUACAUAAGCUUGCUAAAGAGAUGCAAGAAAAAUUACAGAAAUCGACUGUCAAUAAAUCCACCAAAACCUGCGAUUUAGUAGUAAUGCUUCCGACUGAACUUGCACAUUGGAUUUUCGAAUGUUUACCUUUGGCUAGUAUUUGUAAAGCGUCGAUCGUUUCCAAACGUUGGCGAAAUUUUAUUAUCAAUUCACAAUGUUUAUGGAGAAAUCUAGAUUUCACGCUUAAUCGAUCCGAAGUUACUGACCGGGUUGUUAGUACAUAUGUGAAUCGUGGAAAACUACAAAUUCGGAAAUUUAUAUGUCAUAAUGCUGGAAAACUUAGUGAUAAAACUUUAAAGACUUUUAGAGCGGUUCCGUGCUAUCAUCUGAAAACAUUUGAAUUAAAUUUCAAUACGACGAUUACUGAGACUGCAAUCGUUAUUUUCAUUCGUACGAUUGGUUUAGAAUUAAAAAUAAUUGAUUUUUCAAAUACUCAUAUUACCGAUAGGGCAGUUAGAACAAUAUUAAUGCACUGCUCUCAACUUGAAACAUUAAAGUUAUCAGUAUGUACUAAGAUAACUUCUCAAGCGUUCGAUCUAGGUGAAGGACAAUGUAAAGCGUUAGCAGUUCAAGAUAUCGACUUAAACGGCUGUCAAUGGAUUAACACAACAGUAGUUUCCUUUAUGCUAAUUCUAUUUCCAAAUAUCACACGCCUAAAUAUCCAUGGAAUUUCCGGAAUAACAACACGAACGCUGGCCGACCUGGCCCAUUUCUCGAAUCUGGAAUCCAUUAGUAUGUUUGGAAAUAUGUAUGAGGAUGGAUUAUGCAUAGAAAAUGCGUUCAUAAUUUUUACAUCAGCAUGUUCGCUGCUUCGGCAAUUUGUUUUGGAGGAAUGUCCAGAUUUAACUGAUAAAUGCGUCCUAUAUUUGGUGACGUCUUGUAUUAAUCUGGAAGAGCUUACUUUGAACGGAAGUUAUAAAUUAACUGAUGAAGCGACUCAACAUAUCGGAAAACAUUGUAAACAAUUAAAAGUCCUUAGAAUAGGAAAGUCACCGGGAAUUACUGAUUCAGGCAUUAAUGAAAUGUUGGACUUGGGAUUUGGGUCUUUAUUGGAAAUUAUUGAAUUGAAACAGAAUAACAUAACCGACAAUUCAUUGAAGAAAUUGGCAGAUUGCUGUGUUAAUCUCAAGGAGGUUAACGUUAAUUGGUGUUCUAAUAUAACCGGAUGUGGUGUGGCAUACUUGGUUAAAAAAUGUGGGGAAUCGAUGAAAUAUCUGUCCAUGGUGGAUUGUUUUAAUGUUGCACCUGAUGCAGCUGAUCUUGCUAGGAAAGUGCUCGGACAGCAUGGUGGCAUGGUCAACUACUUGUUUCGUGCUUUACGUUAA